ACAAAAGCUUGUGCCACUUGCCGCAGGCUCAAAUGUUAUAAUAAUUCACCUUUGGCCAACUAUCAUAUCAUGAAAUCCUCAGAUCCUUAAAACGGUGCGUCUCGUCAGACCAUCGUACGUGGCGCGGUGACGAGACUUCCCUCUAUAAUCCCAUCUUUUUUCUCAAUCAAAACCCUAACUGAAGAAAUUCCCAAAUGCUGACAGUUCAGGCCUUUCAAAUCUAAUUGACAAACCCUAGUUAUCAUCACGCAUCAACUCCUGACAGAGCUGCAUCAAUGACAUCGUUAAAACGAAAUUACAAGGAGAAAAUCGCUCGUCGCAAAGAAGAGAAGGCGGAGGAACCAGAGACGCCAAAAUAUAGAGACCGUGCAAAAGAGCGAAGAGAAGAUCAAAAUCCUGAUUAUGAGCCUACCGAGUUAGGGUCUUUUCACGCGGUUGCUCCUCCAGGCGCCGUUGAUACCCGGUCAGCUGAUGCACAUAAAAUUUCCAUUGAGAAGAGCAAGUACCUUGGAGGUGAUGUGGAGCAUACACAUUUGGUGAAAGGGCUUGAUUAUGCUUUGCUUAAUAAAGUUAGAAGUGAAAUUGAUAAAAAGCCAGAUGCUGGAGAUGAUGCUGACGGCAAGUCUAGAAAGUCUAAGGAAGACCAGCAAUUAUCAUUCCGUACUGCAACUGCAAAGUCGGUGUACCAAUCCAUCGUGAAGCCCCAAGCUAUUAUGAAGACAAAUGAGAUGUUUCUUCCCGGUAGAAUGUCAUUUAUUUUCAACAUGGAGGGCGGAUACACCCAUGAUAUCCCUACCACGUUGCACCGAAGUAAAGCUGAUUGUCCAGUUCCAGAGGAAAUGGUUACUGUGAAUGUUGAUGGUUCUGUGCUGGAUCGAAUUGCUAAAAUUAUGUCAUAUCUUCGCCUUGGAUCUUCUGGGAAGGUUCUGAAGAAGAAGAAGAAGGAGAAAGAUGCAAAAGGGAAAAUUUCGGUUAUUGGACAUGAGCACAAUGAGGAAGAUAAGCAUUCAAAACCUAAUGGUGGGAUCUCGAACAAUAAAACUGAAAGAGAGAUUCUGCCUCCACCACCACCUCCUCCCAAGAAAAGUCAGCCUGAUUCUCAUGAGAAGCAAGGUCCAAUAGUUGCCAGAGGAGAAGAGAAUGACAUAUUUGUGGGAGAUGGCGUUGACUAUGAUGUUCCUGGAAAAGAUAUGAGCCAAAGCCCUGUUUCAGAGGACAUGGAAGAGUCUCCUCGAAACAAGGAAAGAGUUUCUUAUUUCAGUGAACCUGUUUAUGGCCCAGUCCCGCCUUCUGGGCCGUCCCAGGAAUGGCAAGACCUGAAUGGAUACGAUGCAAUACAAGCUCAAGCUUUGGCCAGUGGGUACCAGGGAGAGUGGCAGGAUUAUCAAUACACUGAGCAAUUGGCAUAUUCCGAACAGUAUCUCCAGCAAACCAUGCAGGCAUAUGAUAUGCAAGCAGCUUCAAAUGUUCUACAGGAUCCGCGCUUCAUGACUCAAGAAGAAAAGGAUCGAGGUUUAGGGUCGGUAUUCAAGAGAGAUGAUCAGAGGCUUCAACAAUUGAGGGAGAAAGAUGCCAGAGAAAAGGAUCCGAACUUUAUCUCUGAGAGUUACUCUGAAUGUUACCCCGGAUAUCAAGAGUAUAAUCGUGAGGUUGUGGACAGUGACGAUGAAGAUGACUUAUCAAAGAUGGACAUGGGUGGACGGGCAAAAGGUCGUCUUCAUAGAUGGGACUUUGAGACAGAAGAGGAAUGGGCAAAGUACAAUGAGCAGAAGGAAGCAAUGCCAAAGGCCGCAUACCAGUUUGGUGUGAAGAUGCAAGAUGGUAGGAAGACAAGGAAACAAAAUAAGGACCAGAAGCUGAAUAAUGAGCUGCACAAGAUUAAUAAAAUACUAGCAAGAAAGAAAAUGGAGAAGGACAGUGGUGAUGGUGACCAUUUUGACGAUGAUGAUGUACAGCAUGCUAAGAAGCCACGGAUAUGAAGUUUGUAAGAUUAUAUUGUGCUGUGUUUUUCUUUUUGCAGAAACUACUUCUGUGUCAUUUUUUGACAAUGCAGUCAAUUCUGAUGCACAAAAUUGAAAUGGAGUUUAGUUUUCACCAGCUUCCUUGCGAGGGGUUCAUCACCAUCUGCUGGCUUGUAUAAAAUGAAUGUGGCAGCAAUGUGAUAAUGAGGGAAACGUAUUUGUCGUGCUUAUUAUUAAAUGAUAUUUAUCUCCAGCAAUGUCUUUCUCCAA